GUGGAGAACCUGUGUUUAUUGUUUUAAAUGUGAGAGCAAAAAUACCAAAAGCACACUUCGAAUCAUACGUCUUUUUUUAAAGUUAUGCAGACUAUGUGACUUGUGAUUUGUUGGGAUUUAAAGGCGGUCAGCAUGAACUGUUCUUUUCUUUUCCAACAUGUCCUCCGUAAACGAAUUACCACCUCUUCAAAAAACAGAUACACUUGUCCACUCUCAUUCACAUGAAGACACUAACUUAACUCGGGUUGUUCUUGUGUGCUUGGACCCCGAGUCUGCUGAAACCACCUUUCACUGGGCUAUAGAUAACUUUGUUAUACCUCAGAAAGACUUGGUUGUUCUCGUACAUGUGCGUCAAAUCGAUAUUCCAGUUGCCCCAUACAUUAACUCGACUGGAUAUGUAGAUGAUGUCAGUGCAGAAAGAAGAGAAGAAAGCCAUCGCUUGUUGAGAGCAUACGCUGAUAAAUUGUCCAAAAGCAAGAUUGCCUGUAAAGCCAUUUCAAUGGUAGGGGAUCCAAAAUCCGAGCUUUUAAGAAAGGCGAAAGAAAUCAAAGCAGACGUUGUGUUGAUGGGUGCAAGAAAAAUGGGGGCUAUUAAAAGAACUUUGCUGGGAAGUGUUAGUGACUAUAUCGUUCACAACUGUCCCUGUACUGUUAUUGUGACCAAGCCUGAAGAAGUUUCUCAUCAAGAGGAACGCCGCAAGUCUAUUGUAUCACUUACAUCUAAUCCUGAAAGUACCAAAUAACUUCAUGAUGACUUUCUCUUAAUUUGCACGCGUUGAUUAAUAAAAUAAAAAAUUCGUCUCAUCAUGAC